GAUCAAUGUGUGUACAUUGACAUCCGAUAAACUGACUCUGGAACAGUGGAAAAGAUGAUCCGAGCACACACGGAAGCGCGAUGAAGGAGUUGGAGGCGGGACCGACCAAUCACAAGGAGAAACGUGAUACGGUUAAAUCACGUGGUCACACAGUACUACAACAAUGGUGGUGGACUACACUACCCGACUCGUUGCCAUGGGGAUGUGGUUUAUUUCUCUUAGGACGAAAUAAAACAUACGGUAACUACAAAUAUCCUGAUUAAUAUUUGUUUUUUAGUCUAGUAUAGAACGAGAGUAGGAUUGCGUUAGUAAAAUAAUGACAUUAACGCACUAGUCACUCAAACAGCAUUUGGCGCUGUCAAUGCGCGCGACUUUUCAAAGUGGGCGAGUCAUAAAAGGAUACAAGAAGUCGGUUAGCUAGUGCCAUGCUAACAUGCUUCCUUGUACCGGGACGUAAAUCGCUACUCCAAGUGACAACAACAGCUGAGUUCAACUAACAACAGCGCUCCCUACACCGUCAUGUCUAUUGAUUUUGACAGUGCUGCUCUUCAAACGCAGCACGAUGAUGAAGAUUACGAUGAAGAGGACUAUGCAAGAGAGCAAGAGCUCCACAAACUGCUCACCGACCUGCCAGAUGACAUGCUUGAGGAUAGCCGAGACUCCUCCUCUCCAGAGAUGGAGACCUCCGGCUGCAGCAACAAAAACAUGACAAACAGCCCACCGCCCGAAUGGACUCAGCAGUGGUCAGACCAUCCCAUACCCACCUCUCAUCAGCAGGCUUAUGAUCAAAGCAGUCGUGGGUUUCCUUAUGACAAUAAAGACGUUCGGAUCAAUGGUCAUCCGCAUCACGCUCAAAAUCAACCUCUGGCUCUCAUGUGGAGCAACAAGCAAUUACAAGAUCCAGACUUCACCCAGGAAGACUACACAGAAACCGGCACAGUAGCGGUCGAAUGCACAGAUCUAACCUACGAGUCGACGAUGCACCCCGGAGGCGCUAACAAUCGUGUGAAAUAUAACGGCGACGGAGGAGGCGGUGAUAAUGACUACGGUGACCGCCACAAUCCCAGAGUGCAUUUUCAAAAUCCACAGGCUGGAGUGCAAAGUGUGGACAAGUACACAGCCACUUCCAAUCCUCCCCAUCAGAUGUUCAGCUCAACGGCCACACACCAAGAUCAUGUGUUGGACCAUCUACAGAGGGAACUGCUUGACUCAACACAACAAACUGCUGACAAGGAGCAACUUGCCCAACUACAGAUUUUAAACAAGGCUCAACAUCGGCAAAUUGAGGGCAUGGAGCAGAAACUUGAGGACUCAAAGCGCCACGUGAGAUCCCUUGAGCAUCAGUUAGUCAUUCUAAAAGAUGAGAAGGGUGGCUUUGCAGUGAGCCUUCAGGAGUCAAAUCGACUGCUGGGUGAGGCCAACGAUCGAGAGGCUGAAAUGCAAAGCAAACUGAAGCUGAUGGAGCAGCAAAUACAGACCUUGAAUGAAAGAGACCAGGAGAACACCAAGAAGCAGAGGGUGGCUGAGGCCGCUGUAGACAGCAUGAAGCAGCAGAUGUCGGAACUGUGUCGCUCGGACACUCUGUCCAAAACACGGGAGCAGCACGACCGAGACGUGGCGGCCAUCAAGGAAAAGCACGAGGCUGCGGUCUUGGCCUUACAACACAAGCUUGAUUCCAUGUCUCAGGCUCUGAGUGAACAGGUGGAUAUGGGUCAAAGGUUACGUGAGCAGGUGAAGCAUUUGGAGCGGCAACGAGAAGAAGAGCAACUGGAGAGAGCACGAGUGGUCAAUGCGCUCACUCGCCAACUGGAGGAGAGUCAGCAGCAGUGUGCCAAGCUGCUGCAGACGGGUUGUGUACAGGAAAUGGGUCAAAUCCAGAUCAAAUUACAGCACGCUCAUGCGGCCAAGGCGCUCAGUGAAGACAUGAACAGAGUCCUGCAGGAGGAUCUGGCCGAGUUAAAGGAGCAGAUUAAUCUGUAUGAAUCUGCAUUAAAACUUGGAGUUAUUGCAUUUGAUGCGACGGGUGACUGGGAGAACCAACUGUCUGAAUCCUGUUUGGAUUUAGGAUUGAAGAAAACCAACCGGAAAAAUGUCAGCACGGCCAUUGCCGACCUCCAGACCGACUCCAAGCCGCCCAGGGAUGAAGCUCUGCGACUGCUGCGAGUGGAGAUGCAGCGCUGCUUAGGGAUGCUGAAGGUGAAACGUGAGAAAAUCACUCAACUGCAGGAUGAAUUGCAACAGCGUCGGGUCCGAGAGAACGAGCUGCAGACCCAAUUAGACGACGCCAAGCUCAGCUCAUCGGUUAGAGAGUGCAGCCACAUCAAACCUCUAAACUUGACUGGAGGGGAACAGAAUGAGUUAGUUCAACUACGGGAAGACAAACGACGCUUGCUGGACCAAGUGGAGGUGAUGGAGAAGAAAAUGAUGGAGCUAAAGCAGAGUGAGGAGAAAGUCCGCUCCGCCAACUUGGAACUCUGCACUAAAAUGAGGGAGAUGAUCCAGGAGUUGGACCAAGAGAAGCAGGAGGCCGCUGAGCGAUCUGAGCGGAUUUACCAGCAGCACCGAGAGGACCUGGUGAAGCGAGUUCGGACGGAGCUCGUGCUGGAACAAAAGACUCAGGUUGAACACCUGACGGCACAACAUGAGCAGCACAUCCAGCACCUAAACACUCGGCUCUCUGAGACCAAUGACAAGAUGUUGGCUGUGCAGGAGUGUUACAUCUCUGUGUGCAAGGAGAAGGACAAGCUGGAGGAAAGCGUCAGAAACCGAGAGCAACAAGAGCAUAACCAAAGGGAAGCGAGCCGCACAAAUGUGGACAAAGUGAGAGCCGAGCUUGAAGCUCAACACCAGGAAUCUAUCAACCAGCUGAAGUCCCUGUGGUCCAAAGAGAAGGAGGCUGAGAUCCAGCGAGUGGUGAUCUCCCACGUAGCCUCGGCCAAGGCUGCUUGGGAAGAAGAUCGCCAGCGGAUGGAGAGGAAGUGGACUCUGAAGCUUGAGGAGGCUCGAUGUGAAAAGCGCCCUGUGACAUCUGACGGGACCUGUCAGACGGAUGGCUUUGAAGCAGACCGCUUGAUGAUCACCGUUGAAGAGCUGAACUCCAAGCUCAGUGCCCAAAGAUUGCAGUUGCAGUUGGACGCUGACAAAGUCCAACGCCAAGCUGUGGAUGACGCCAGGAACCAAGUCCGGAGGGACACGCAGGACAAACAUCUGGAGGAUCUGGCCAGUAAGGUUGAAGGUGCUGUGGCCAGGGCUUACAACCACUGGAUUGAGGAUUUGACCUCAUUACCGGAAUACCAAGCCUCACUUCAAAGAGAGAAGAAGAAAUGGGAAGAGCAGCAGAAAUGGCACAUCGAUCAGCAGGCCAGAGAGGAGGCUGACCACCAAAGGAAGGAGCUGCUGGUCCAGAUGGAAGCCAAGCUCCAGCAGACCCUGAGAGCCAGAGAGCAUGAGUGGGCAUCUCAGCGGGCCGAGAAGGAACACGCUCAUAGACUCCAGAUGAGGGAGGAUUUCCUCGCAGAACUUCAGACCUGCCUGGCCCAGGUCCACACCCAGCAGAGCAAUGAGGAGAACAGGAGAGGUGGUCUAUCAGAAAACACGAUAUCACACAUGAUCCACGCUUCCUGCAAAGACAUUGUCGACAGAGCUGUGUCCCAGGCCAAGAAGGACUGGAAGAAAAUUAGUGAGGCGCAGUUGAGCUGCGUAUUACGAGAAACACAACAGCAGCAUGAAAGAGAACUCGACGAGAUGCAAAGCUCUUUGACCCAGAUGAGACAGCAGCCUUGCAGCAUGAAGGAGUGUGCAGAUGCUGCCAGUAAGCUGCAGAAAAAGAACCAGGAGCUCCAGAAGCACCUGGAGAAAGCCUGCCGUCAGUUCCAGCAUAGCGUCCGAGAACACAAAACCACCAUGCAGAAACUCAAAGACGAGCAUGAAAGCAGAUUGCAAAAGACACGGGAGGAGCAUUUGUUGCAACUGGACCAAGUGAAAAAAAGCAAGGAAGCUGCUGGGGCCUGUGAUUGCCAGCAAAAUCUUCAAGAAGGUCUGGAGGAGAUGAAGCAGCAAUACUUGACGACUGUUAAAAAGAUCCGAGGAGACAUGCUGUGUUACCUCGAGGAGAGUCGCCAGCGAGCGGCAGAGACGAUCCGGACGGCGGUGCAGAGGGAGAGGCAGGACACGGCACGCAGGAUGCGCCGCCACUACCGGACAUGUCUGCAGGAGUUAGCGGAGGACGGUGGGAAUACCGCAGGGGCUGAAAAGAAAAUAAUGAACGCUGCUAGCAAACUGGCGGCCAUGGCUAAAGUGCUGGAGACGCCCAUUAAAAGGAAAUCUGGAAAGAACCACAGUUUAGCAGCAACUAAGCCAGAUUUCCUCAAGAGACCAACCACUCUGUUGUGUGAUGUCAGAACCCACGGAGAUAAGACCUCGGAUUCGGAACGGACUCCGCUUGCGAGUAAGCAGGACGUUGCAUCAGCAGACACCCAUCCCUAUCCUCAAAAAGCUCCACAGGCGACGUCUUCGGCCUUUGCCUCCUGGAGAAGCAAGAGCAAAGAGGUUUACCUGCAGGCCGGAGAACCCGGCAUCCACAUCCGGUUGGAUCUGCAUAGCAAACCCUGCCUUGCCCAGGAAGUUCCAGUCAGAGACCAGAAACGGACCAACUGCAGCGACUCGGACAGCCUCCACAUUCCGCAUCUGGGCCACUCCGUAAGGAACGUCGCUGCCGACUUGGGAGACUUUGGCGCUUUGAUCCCGGACGCCUCGGACUUGACGGUUUAUGAUGAGAUGGCUCAGAAGGCUCGCGAGAACCAAAGCGUCCCCAACAAAGCCAAGAUGAGAGAACCCACCCCAGGCUCGGAGGCCGGGGUGGGGGAGACGCCGGGGGCGUGUCACGGGCCUCUCUUCUCCGAGUUGAGACCGCAUCAGGACAGCGGCUUUGACAGCCCCUUUUACCGACCUAAAUGAUACCUCACCAAGUGGUCUUCUACUGCUCCCACUUGGCAGCACCCAGUCCACAACGCCAUUGUGUGCUGGUUCUAUUGCAUCCUGGGAUAUGUAUGCUGUGCAUAUGUUAGACAGGUUUUAUAUUUCACUUUAAUAAAGGCUUCUUUUACCGCAAGCUUUUUAAGGAGCUGAGUGGCCGUUUAAGUCGCCGCUUAGGUCUGGACGCCCGUCGAUAUUUGCGUUCUUUACUUGAAUCGGUAUCGGCCGAUAUGCGCGUGGGUUCGCCGAUGUAUUUUUCCGCCGCAUGAUUUCCAGACAGGCAUCCGCCGGGCAGCUUUGUCUUGCCGGAGGACCCUGCAACACACGCAGUCGCGGUACCCCUCCCCCGCCGCAACAGUGGUGAAUCCCAACAAGGGUAAGUUUUCAACCUUGAAUUAUCCUCCAACAGUUCAACUUAGUUGGAAUAUUCCACCUGCUUUGGAGUAGGAAACAUGAACGCCAAGUGUAUGUAAUAUACACGCUUGAAAAUAUCGUUAUAACAAUACAGGUAGGUGGUCCAGGUAGGGGGUCCAGGUCGGGGGUCCUCUGCUUAUAAAGGAUUCCAUUCCCAGACUGUGGUGUACCAUAGGAUGCUUAGUUCAUAUUCCUUAUUCCUACUCCUAAUAUUCUGAAUCAGGGUUGCACGGUGGGGAGUGGUUAGCAUGUUGACCUGGGUUCGAAUCUUCUCUAGGAGGACAAAUCCCAACAUUCAUCCAAUGACCGUCCAGUGACGUGAUGGUAAUGGUAAUGGUAAUGGUAAUGGUAAUGGUUUAAUUUCAUUUGAACAUGCAUCAGAUUCCAAUUGAGUGCAUCCCAUAAUCAGUUCCCAGUUCCACAUGUCCAAAAGGAGUAGGAAGAAGCAAAACUUAUUAAAUCCUACCCCUCUAUCUGGUACUUUGUUUGAGGGUCUUACUCAAUCCAUUCCAUAGUUUGAUUCCACAUACUGAAAUGCUAUGGCUAGCAUAACGUAGUCCUAGCAUAGAAGUGUUUCAAAUGUACUUCUUCCCUGAGAUCAUAUUUCUCCUCUCUUGUAGAGAAGUAUUGGAUGACAUUUUUAGCUAAUUGCUUAUUUUUAGCUUUAUGCAUUAUUGUAGCUGUAUGAACAUGAACUAUAUCAGCAAGUUGAAGUAUUUGUCAUUUUACAAAUAAGGAGUUAGUAUGUUCUCUGUAGGCGCCAUUAUGAAUUAUCCUUACUGGCCUUUUUUGCAGUACAUUUAGCCAGUGAAGAUUGCUUUUAUAGUUAUUAGCCCAUAUUUCCACACAAUAAAAAGUGAAAUAUGAUUAAAAUAAGCAAUAAUGAAAUGAAUAUGCAGUAUCCCGACACUGACUGAUCUUGAUAAGCCCAAAUGAAUCUUCCAGGUAGGCCAAAAAGUCUUCGGAAAAAAAGUCUAGUGCUUCCAGGAAUAUCUUAACCAGGGGUCUCAAACUCAAUUUACCUGGGGGCCACUGGAGCUAGGGUCUGGGCGAGGCUGGGCCGCAUCAGGUUUUCCAAAAAAAAACGCAUUUAUUAAAAACAGAAA